AGCAUUUGGCUGUGCAAAUCUUUGCCGAUCUGUGUGAAAACUGACUCCCCAGACUGCCAUGGCACCCGCACGCAAGGGACAGACUCAGACCAAGCGCGCCGCGCCCGCAGUGGAGGAACCACCGCACAAGAAGGCCGCCACGGUGCUGAAGAAGUACGGCGUGACGCAGGCUUCCUUCAAGCAAAUGGCGGACGUACUGGAGCAUCCACUCACCAGCCACCUGCCCGAGGACUGCAAGAAGAUGCUCUUGGCCAUGCUGCCGCAAAGCUUGUGCGUGCCGGAUGACCAUCGCGAGGACGUCCAACGUCUGGCCGUGACGAUGUUUGGAGAGGUGGUGGCGACGGUGGAGGCGAAGCUUCAGGAGGCCUUGGAGGCCGAGAAGCUCAAGGUGCAGACCAUCACGAACUCUAAGGAGCAGCUGGUGGAGGAAGUCACCAAGGCCCAAGCGAAGUUGAAGGAGGCGCAGGAUCACUCGGAAGAGAAGGAUGCUGCGCUGAAAUCCAGCUCGCAGGCUGUGGUGGCAGCGAAAGGCGUUUUGGUGAAGAAGGAGGAGGAGGCCUUGGGUGUGGAGACGAAGAUGGGUGGCCACGAGACCUUGAAGGCUGAGCUGGAGGCUGUCUUUAAGGGCGACUUCCAGAACCUCAAAGCUGGUGACUGGACGGAGUCGCCGGAUUCCCAUCUGAAGGCCUUGGAGCCCUGCAGCGCCAAGCUGGACUUGGAGGAGUCCUUGAAGACUGCGAUGAUCCCUGUCCUGCGGAAGAAGCCGUCGGAGCGUGCGGGCUUCGAUACGAUGGUCCUGGAACAGUUGGAGAAGGGCUUUCAGGAGAAGCUGCAGUCGCUGGAUGGUAUUCUGCAGCAGGGAGCUCCUGAACGCCAGGCACGUAAACUGGCGGUGGAUGAGGCCAACGCAAAGCUGGGUGAAGCAGAGGAGAAGCAGAAGGAGUGCUCCAGCGAAUUGCUGGCUGCCAAGCAGACCGUGAAAGAGGCCGCGGCAGCGCUGAAAGAGGCGGAAGGCGCCGUGGCCAACUUCGAGGUGAACGUGCAGGCAGCCAAGGAGAUCCAGGAGGAGAAGCACCAGGAGUUGAUCUUCUUCGUGGACAACACGGUGAAGGGCUUCAAUGACCUGAAGGAGCGUCCCUCCAAGGAGCGUCAGCGCGAGUUGGCUGCGGAGGCCAAGGCCAAGGCCGCCGCAGAGGCCAAGGCCGCCGCAGAGGCCAAGGCUGCUGAGGAAGCCAAGGCAGCUGAGGUAGCUCGGGCUGCGGCAGAGGCGAAGGCUGCUGAGGAAGCCAAGGUUGCUGAGGCCAAAGCUGCUGAGGAAGCUAAGGCAAGCGCAGAGGCGAUGGUAGCUGAAGAGGCGAAUGCAGCCAGAGAGGUUCCUGCAACGGCUGAUGUACCUAUGGAGGCAUCUGAGGCGGCUUGAGGCGAUUGACAGGGGCCCCGAGACCGGACCCCAAAUUCACCAGAUCGACUGGUGGCUUGCACCAAAGAUCGGCACAGAAGCAGCAUGGCACAACUUCCACGGCUGUGGGGUGGUCGUGGAUUCAGCUCGUGUUGAAGGCCCAAGAGCUUGGCCUUGGAGCUCCGCAUACACGACGGAGCACCGUGGUGAGGAUUCGCACCUUUCAAGAGAAUCAGCUGAGCAGGGGCUGAGGUAGAUUACGGUGGCGUGCUGUAGAUGUGCUGCAUUUCUAAUUCGACAGCGGACAGCUCCAAUGUGAGGGGGGGCCACAAAAAUGACUGGUGAA